ACGCGUCGGAGGGCUUCUUCGUCAUUAACCUCCGCACGGUGCUCUCCGUCGUCGUCGCCCUAAAAACGUACCCACGGCGAACCCUCAUCCAAAAAUUCGUCGGUUGUCAAGUCCGUUCAGCUCUUGACGGUAACGCCUUCCUCUUCAUCUUUCCGUCUCCAAAGCCUCGAGUCUCUUCUUGUUAUCGCGACGGAUCGACGCUUCGAAGAUCCUCCAAUCAACCUCUGCCUCGGAUUCUUACAUCUUCCACUCCGAUCUGAAAAUUCCUUAUUUUGAUCCUGCUUUCUUGGUUUCGUUUUUUUUUUACUCCAUUGCCCUUUUUGUGGAGGAUCUUCGUUUCUUGCUUUUGUGCGAUUUUUUUCUUCUUCGUUUGUCGCUUAGAAGAGACCGUUCGGGUGAUCCGAUCCAAGUUGGAGAUGAAUCCUCAAGGUAGAUAUCCUCCACCUGGUAUGGGCGGCAGCGGCGCGGGUGCGAACCCCAAUUUCUAUGCAAGAAACCCUCAGCACCAGCAGCAGUAUGUGCAGAGGAAUCCGAUGCAGGGACAGCAGAAUCACCAGUUUCAGCCACAGCAGCACCAGCAUUGGUCGAGGCGGAAUCAAAUGGGGGGCGAUUCUGGUGUUGGCGAAGUCGUGAAAGCGGUUCAAUCUGACGCAGUAACUUUAAUGGAUUCCAGUUCUCAAGAUUGGAAGGCACUCCUGAAGAUACCACCAUCUGAUACUCGUUACAGGACAGAGGAUGUGACUGCAACUAAAGGAAAUGAAUUUGAAGAUUACUUUUUAAAGCGGGAGCUUCUUAUGGGUAUAUAUGAGAAGGGUUUUGAAAGACCUUCUCCUAUCCAGGAAGAAAGCAUUCCUAUUGCGCUCACUGGAAGUAACAUUCUUGCCAGAGCUAAAAAUGGGACUGGGAAGACAGCUGCAUUUUGCAUUCCUGCACUGGAAAAAAUUGAUCAAGAUCGCAAUGUCAUUCAAGUUGUUAUAUUAGUUCCCACGAGGGAGUUGGCUCUUCAGACAUCACAAGUUUGUAAGGAGCUGGGAAAACAUUUGAAGAUUCAAGUGAUGGUUACAACUGGAGGAACCAGCUUGAAGGAUGAUAUAAUGCGUUUGUAUCAACCUGUCCAUUUGCUUGUUGGUACACCUGGGCGAAUACUUGAUCUUGCAAAAAAAGGUGUUUGCAUCCUUAAGGAUUGCUCGAUGCUUAUUAUGGAUGAGGCAGACAAACUUCUGGCUCCUGAGUUUCAGCCUUCAGUGGAGCAGCUUAUACGUUUCCUUCCUGCUAGUCGACAGAUUUUGCUAUUCUCAGCAACAUUCCCUGUAACCGUGAAGGAUUUUAAAGACAGAUAUCUUCCUAAACCAUAUAUAAUUAAUCUAAUGGAUGAAUUAACCUUGAAGGGAAUAACUCAAUACUAUGCUUUUGUGGAGGAAAGGCAGAAGGUCCACUGCCUUAAUACUCUUUUCUCUAAGCUUCAAAUCAAUCAAUCCAUCAUUUUCUGCAACUCUGUUAAUCGGGUUGAGCUAUUGGCAAAGAAAAUUACUGAGCUUGGUUAUUCUUGCUUCUACAUUCAUGCUAAAAUGUUGCAAGAUCAUCGGAAUCGAGUUUUCCAUGACUUCCGCAAUGGUGCAUGCAGGAAUCUUGUUUGUACAGAUCUGUUUACUAGGGGUAUUGACAUUCAAGCUGUUAAUGUUGUCAUCAAUUUUGACUUCCCCAAGAAUUCCGAGACAUAUUUGCACAGGGUUGGUCGUUCUGGGAGAUUUGGUCACCUCGGUUUAGCAGUAAAUCUCAUCACCUAUGAGGACCGCUUUAACUUGUAUAGGAUUGAGCAAGAACUCGGAACUGAAAUUAAGCAGAUUCCUCCCCAAAUUGAUCAAGCUAUAUACUGCAGAUGAUCAAUGGCAGUAUCUAUCGGAGUUUUCAUAUUUGUUGAACAAUUGAGGCCACUUGUAAAUACCAGCAUGUCAAGGUUUAUUUUAUUGCCUUGGAGGUGACUGUGUGUGGGGCAUCCAUGACAACAUAAAUCAGCUUUUAUGGUCGAAUCUGUAUGCUCAAACCUGUUGUUUGGUAACUUCAAAUUGUUGGUACAUUUUUCGCAAUGGAUUCCGUAUCUCUAAUAUGAUACCUAAUGUUAGCACAGACAGGAUCGUUUUCUUGGCAUCCUAAUUAGAUUGUCACCCUACUUUUUUUCUUGGCAUCACGGACGGGUUGUUCGGGUUGUUUAUGUCAUUCUAACUAAGGUCACUACCUUAGUUACAGUUCCCAAUGAUCAGAAGGAUGGUUAUAAUUUCCCAAAUUUUUCAUGAGUCUAUAUUUAAUCCUACUCAA